CUUAAAGCGGGGGACUCUUUGUAAGCAUCUUAAUUCAUCCAGUCGAGGGACGGCUGACGUGAUUUUGGAGAGGCCUUCGUGUCACCAGUGCCGUUAUAAAAUAUGUGUCGCGUUGCUGAACGUUUAUAAGUUUAGUUGAAACAAUGGGAACAUGGCAUCUCAAUUUUUCACAUCAUAAAUUUAACUGCCCCGCGGCUGAAGCCUGGAUUAUAAGCAUAUACAGCUUCGGUUCAUUUCAAGAACGCCACUAGCAAUUCGAAGUUUGUCAACGACGCACAAGGAAUCCUAACUGAGCUCCAGAUUAACGUUAUUUGCCGGAAUACUAUGUGUUAAAAAAGACAGAUAACAUUAGCAUGGAGUUCUUGCUUAGGCUCUUGUCAUUUCUCUGCGUGUAUACAUUUUCUAAAGGAAUUGAAGCAAGCCAGACUAGCUACGUGUGCUUUAAGGAAGGAGACAGCGUUCCACAGCAGACAGAUAUCCACUGCCCCGAGGGUCAGAGAAUCCGCGUGCUCGAUGCAAUUUACGGGGUGAACCCCUGGGACGCCUGUUACUUCCUGGAGGGGGACUGCACCGUCCAGACCACGGACGCUGACCACUGCUGUAACCAAAACUCGUGCACCGUGACGGGACGCCAGUCUUACCUCACCAGUUGUGGGGGACAAAAGAGCUUUCUUAGGAUAGUAUACGAGUGCGUGAGAGAGCAUGUUACCUGUCCUGGUGACAGUCCUAGUAGCCACCCUGACGUGCUGACAAGGACUCUGUCCAUCAAUAUUCCCGUCAGCACCACCACAGCGCCUCCGCCCUCGUCUCCCGCCAUAGACACCUCCACUGUGAAAAGGUACUGGAAAACGUGGAACGGCAACGAGGCUCAGUCUAAAGCCACUAACACCCCAGAUGACAUUUUGCUAUGGGCCUGUGUUGGAGCUGGUAUAGUAGCAGUGUUAUUGGCAAUUGCAGUAGUUGUCGUCUGCAUAAGGAAGAGGCAACUGCAGGACACGAAGUCGAAUCUCCUCAAACCUAACGGCUCUCCAGUGUCUUCCAAUGGCUCAUCGCCGGAGAGACCCGAAUUACAGACCCGAUACGGUCCAGACGGGGAUUCACAAGCAUUUGAAAACUUUGUAUGUAAUAAAGAUUCAGGACUAGACGUCAGUAAUGACGUAGCUGUGACAAUCUCAGAUUCCCCUUUGGACAAUGUUGGCGAGGACGUGACACAAGCGGUGUCACAUUCACGAGACGCGCGGGACACGUCACUGGAACGUAGAAAUAGAGGGGCUGCAGAAGAAUACAGAGAUACGGUCUGCUACACAGAGAGUGAAACCACGACGAAUGGGGUCUCCGUGGAAGACACGUCUACGGAACUCUUACAGAACUAUGACAAUCAAAAUAAAAACCAUUCCUACAGUGUGCAGGAUCCACACAGUGACCAGGAUAAUAGUUCCUCGUAAAUGAUGUCCACGGAGGUUUUAUCUCAAUGAAACUUCGUCGUUUAGCACAAGUUCUCACCAUGCAUCAUUUUAAUCAUAACGCCCCAGCACAAAGUGUGAUUUCUGAGUAUUAAUGAUGUGACAGUGACAUAUGGAGGGUGAAAAACUCAUUGGGCAGCUGGACCUUUUUUUUUGUGUACAUAUAUAUAUUGAAUUGUAAAUAAUUAAUUAUUUAUUAUGCACUUUGUCUCGCUUAGCGAAAGGGUAUUCUUUUCGGAUUUUAAUUGUAAAAAUUGUUUAUAUUAGAGGACAUUGUCUCUUAUGCUUUAAAUCUCUUGUUUAUUUUUAAAAUCACAUAAAUACUUUCCUGUUAUCCUGGAUUAAUGUUUGUGAUGUUAUGCAAAUAAAGUCCCGUGGUAAGUUAA